GAAGCCUUGAAGUGGGUAACUGAUCAGCCAGCAUGGCAACGAUCUGAAGGGAGGGACCAUAUUCUUCCGGUUCACCACCCAUGGUCUUUCAAGUCCGUACGGAGAUAUAUGAAAAAGGCAAUUUGGCUUCUCCCUGAUAUGGACGCCACUGGGAACUGGUAUAAGCCUGGCCAGGUUUGGCUUGAGAAGGACCUUAUCUUGCCAUAUGUUCCUAAUGUCGAUUUGUGUGAUGCCCAAUGUUUACGUGAAUCUCACUCUAAACGAAGUACAUUACUUUUCUUCCGGGGAAGGCUUAAAAGAAAUGCUGGGGGCAAAGUUAGAAGCAAACUAGUAGAAAUUCUACAAGAUGCUGAGGGUGUUAUAAUAGAAGAGGGAACCGUUGGAGUGGCUGGGAAGGAAGCUGCUCAGAAUGGCAUGCGCAAAUCCCUAUUUUGUUUGAGCCCAGCUGGCGAUACACCAUCUUCUGCUAGGCUGUUUGAUGCUAUUGUGAGUGGAUGCAUACCUGUUAUAGUUAGUGAUGAAUUGGAGCUUCCAUUUGAAGGACUAUUAGAUUAUAGAAAGAUAGCCUUUUUUAUUUCUUCAAGCGAUGCUGUACAAUCUGGUUGGAUUGUAAAAUUUCUCAAGAGUAUUAAUUUGAGGCAAAUCGAAGAAAUGCAGAAAAACCUUGAAAAGUAUUCGAAACAUUUCCUCUAUUCAAGUCCAGCUCAGCCACUUGGAGCAGAGGACUUCACCUGGAGAAUGAUUGCUGGUAAAUUGUUGAACAUCAAGUUGCAUAUACGGCGGUCACAGCGACUGGUGAAAGGAUCAAGGAAUCUAUGCACUUGUGAAUGCCGGCCUGUUAAUUCUACUUCUGUUCCCUGACGAAUAAUUGUUAUUAUUACUAUCAUUUUCGUGGGUUUAAUCGGCUGUUUUGGGGCCUUUGUCUUCUUAAAAUAUAACGUUGUUGAUUGUGAAAAGCUGUUUUAUAUAUAUAAGUUUUUACUGCAUUAUUUGAAUUAAUGAACCUCUCCAACUAUAAAUGUA